AUGGAUCUGGGACUGCAUAUAAUCUUUUACAUCUGUGCUCUGGAUGUUGUGGUUUGGGGAUGCCCGUUGUCCUGCCAGUGCAAAAACAGUGAGAUUUGGUGCAAAGGCUUUCAAAUCCAGGAUUUUCCAUCCCCAAUUCCUACAACAACAACAAAAAUUGUACUUAUACAAACUAAUAUUUCCUCACUGAAACCGGCCAAUUUCGAUGGAUGUUCCGAGACUCUUACAACAUUUAUUGUCAAAGAUACCAAAAUAAAUGAGGUGCAACCUCACACCUUCGACACAACACAGAAACUAAGUGAAUUAGCUUUAACAGGAACUGAGCUGAAGUCUCUUCCAGAGAACCUGUUUCAGAAUCUACUGUCACUUACGUCUUUGAUACUGAGCAACAACAAACUAAAUGAACUUCCAUCGUCUCUGCUGACUCCUCUUCAAACACUGGUGACCUUAGAUCUGAGUAAAAACGAUCUGACUUCUAUUCCAGAUACAGCAUUUCAAAGCCUGGUUCACCUGGAGAAGCUCAUGUUGCAGAAAAAUAAAAUCCAAAAACUCAGUGAUCAGAUGUUCAGUGGACUAAGCAAACUCAAAUUCUUAUUUCUUCAGGAAAACAGAAUAAAUGUGAUCCCGUCCACUACCUUUACGGACCUGGUUAACCUUGAAGCCUUGCAUUUGCAGAACAAUUUUAUCACCCUCUUAUCUGCAGAACUUUUCACACAUCAGCAGAAGCUACAGAAGCUCUACCUCUCUAAUAAUCGAUUAUCUUCUCUUCCUGAAGGCAUCUUUCUAAACCUCCCCAAUCUGCAGCAUAUCUCACUUUAUUACAACCAGCUGCAGAAUCUGUCCACUAAUACAUUUGGGCCGAUGCUCAUCGGUGAGCUGUGGCUGUAUGACAAUAUGUUAACACGGCUUGAAGAAAAUGUGUUUAGUAAUUUAACUCAUGUAAGACUUCUGGUGCUCAGCAGAAACCAAAUCUCACAUGUUUCUCCUGGUGCAUUUAAUGGUUUGAAUGAGAUGGAAGAAAUUUCUUUACAUACUAACCACCUGAUAAGUCUUGAUGAAGGAGUCUUCAGAGGCCUUCCUAAUUUGGUCAACAUAUCAUUGAAAAACAACAAGAUGCACAACCUUCCUGGGAAGCUCCUUGAUGGGAUCACCAACUUAUAUCAGCUGGAAAUUCAAAAUAACUCUUUAUCAUAUUUACCACAAGAGCUUUUAGGUUCACUAGUCAGUGUCAGCAAUGUGGUCAUGUAUGCAAAUCCAUGGAAGUGUAACCACAACAUUGUACCACUUCGAGACUGGUUAAGGAAGUACCCUGAUAAAGUAAAAAUCACAUCUCUUGUGUGCAUCAGUCCUUCUCAUUUGAGGGACAUUGGUAUAAUAAAUCUUUCUGACUAUCUCUUUCAAACAUCCACCACCAGUUCUGAUCCCACCACCAAUGCAUGGGAUGGUUCCAUAGAUCAUGAAAAGUUUUUCACUGCUCCUUCAAAAACUAUCAGCACAGCAUUUGCAGUUAGAUCCACUGCUCCUUCAAAAACUAUCAGCACUGCAUUUGCAGUUAGAUCCACUGCUCCUUCAAAAACUAUCAGCACUGCAGUUGCAGUUAGAUCCACUGCUCCUUCAAAAACUAUCAGCACUGCAGUUGCAGUUAGAUUCACAGUACCUUCAAAGAAAGAAGACAUUGCAAGUGGUUCCCAGAGCAUGAGUCUAGUCAUUAUUGCUGUGAUCUGUGCUGUACUUAUUCUUAUUGCCAUCAUAUGUUUUGUCUGCUGGAGAAGAAGCAAGCAGGGCAGUCAAACACUGUAUCAUUCACCAAACACAAACUCUGUUAUUUAAAUAGGGCUUAUAAAAAAUCUGUUUUGGCACUUGUGUGGUCGUGACAAAUGAGACCAUGAAUGCAAAGUAAAAUAAGUAUUGUUUUAAUAUGAAAAAG